AUGAAGAAAGCGCUUGUGCAGUAUGCCUCCUCUGAUGAAGGUGAAGAGACGGCUACGUCUGCUGCCCCUGCGCUUCCCUCGCUGCCCAAGGAGCUCGAUGCAGUCUAUGUUGUCGACCCGCGUAAGGGACAGGAUCCCGCGUUCCAUGGCGGACGACAGCGUCAAGUAGCGCAUACUCAAGGACUCUGGCCAUCUCACAUCCAACUAGAUGUAACUCUCUCGCAAGAUCAACGGCAGAGUCUCGCUGCAUUCCUUGAUGCUGCUCACAUUGUUCUCGAGGAAGACUAUGAGACGCUACUUGUGACACCGCUGGGAGUCGAUGCAGACUUGCACAUCUCCUUGACUCCAGGCAUCAUGCUGCCUGGAGAGCACAAGGACACCUUCCCGGAGGCGAUUGUUUCUGCCGUGAGCCAGCACAAGAACGGGUCACUGCAAUUUGAAGUCAUAAGACCAGCAGUCUUUGGCAACAUUGAUGGUCAGCGUACAUUUCCCGUACUGCAAUUACGUCCUAUCAACCAAGAUGGCUUUGAUACACUGAUGCAAGGACUUGACAGUGUUCUGGGCGCAUAUGGUACUGCACCGCUCUACACAAGUAGGGAAGGCCUGGCCAGUUUGCAUGUCUCCAUUGCCUGGCGCAGACCAGAGUCUUCUAUCCAGCAAAAUCACACACGGCGCUUGGAGCAGCUCAAGCAGCAUCCAGCAUUUAGGCGACUACAAGGGCAGCUCUUCUCUUGCUCCCAUCUACGCGUCAAGGUAGGCAACGAGCUUCAUCUCAUCGCCCUCUCCUGA